CGAGAAAAAGGGAUUUAUUGCAUUAGAUUAUUUUUACAUUAUAAUCUUUCUUUUGUUAAGAAAAUGGCAUUAGAUCCAAAGGAUUUAGCAGGAGUAGCAAUGCUUCGAAGUUUUCUCCAACGAUCAAAAUAUAAAACAAUAGAAAAGCAGCAAAAAUUCCUAGCCAAAGCUCAUCUACCUUCAAGUUCUUCAACUUUAGUAAAAAAGGCUACAGUACCAGAAACCU